UGAAAACCUGUUCCAUCGAAGCUCGGGAGCCUGAGCUUGUCCAACGCCAGUGCUGAUACAAAAGUAAGGUGGGUUGGUAGGUGGGCUAUAUUCACAGUUCAAGUUUAGAACACUUCACAGCUGAACAUUGCAAGUGUUUGUGUCCAUGUCGAGACGACCACGAGAAUGCAAGGAAUGGGAGGUGCGCGCGUCAACUCUCGCUCGCAGCACCCAUAAUCUCAUUAGGGGAAUAGUGGAGAAUCUUCAAGUCGAACCCAAUCCAAACAAACAGUUGAUUGCCUUGUCUGUUGGUGAUCCCACGACUUUUGGAAAUCUGAAUCCACCAGAGCAAGUAUUAGAUAGUAUCCGUGAGAGUGUUCAAAGGCACACAAGUCGAGGCUAUGCUCCCGUUGUGGGUCAUUAUGAGGCAAGGCAAGCAGUGGCAGAAUACAGUGCGCACCAGGGAGAGGUGUCACCAGAUGAUGUUAUCCUGUGCAGUGGAUGCUCGCACGCCAUAGAGCUUGCGAUCACAGUGCUGGCAGAUUCUGGGCAAAAUGUUCUUGUACCAAGCCCAGCUUUUAUGAUAUACCAAACAGUGUCAGAAGGAUUAGGAAUCAAAAUAAAAUUUUACAAAUUAUUGCCUGACAGACAAUGGGAAGCAGAUUUGGAAGACUUAGAAAGCCAAAUAGACGAUGACACUGCCGCGCUUGUAGUCAUAAACCCGUCAAACCCGUGUGGCUCUGUCUAUACGAAAGAACAUUUAAAUAAUAUAUUAGACAUAGCGGCAAGAAACCACGUGCCUGUAAUAGCUGACGAAAUUUACGAACAUUUUGUGUUUUCUGGAAAUGAAUUCACUGCCAUAUCAGCUUUAUCUAAAGACGUCCCUGUACUUACAUGUGGAGGACUGACUAAAAGAUUUUUAGUUCCUGGUUGGAGAAUGGGUUGGCUCAUUAUUCACGAUCGCCACGAAAUUUUAGGGAAGGAAAUUCGCAAAGGAUUGAAUAAUGUGGCCAGUAAAAUUUUAGGGCCAUGUACAUUAAUACAAAGAGCUCUGCCCUCAAUAUUAAAAAAUACACCACAAAGUUUUUUCGAUGAAGUGGUUUUGUUUAUCGAGAAUCAAGCCAAAUUAGCUUAUGGUAUACUCCGGCGAGCGCCUGGAUUGAAGCCUAUAAUGCCACAGGGAGCUAUGUACAUGAUGAUAGAAAUCAAAAUUGAUAUGUUCCCUAAGUUUACAAAUGAGCUUCAGUUUGUAGAGCAUUUAGUUGCUGAGCAGUCAGUAUUUUGUUUACCAGGACAGUGCUUCUGUUAUCCCAACUUUAUGCGUAUUGUGCUGACUGUACCAGAAGAUAUAAUGCGAGAGGCUUGUGAGAGGAUAAUAUUGUUCUGCCAAGAGAACGUCGCUGUAGUAUGCAGGGAUAAACUGGUAGAUUAUAAUAAAAGUGAUAUGUCUUUAUCAAUUGUUAAGGAAGUAAUUUGCGAUAACACUUUACCACGGCCAUGGCCAGAAAAAUUAUAACCUCAAAAUUAUAAGUUUGUUUUGUUACUUAGGCCGAAAUGUCGUUAUAGGUACCUAUACCUAUUUAGUGUGUUAGUAAGUCAUAAAUCAUACCUACUGCUUAUAACUUUUCUAGUGUGUUAGUAAGUCAUAAAUCAUACCUACUGCCUAUAACUUUUCUUAGUUAGGUGCUUAUGUAUUAUUAAAGUAACUAUCUUUUAAUACAAACGGUUAUUUUAAAAUAAAUUGUUUAUUUUUCACUACACCCAUAUCUUUAUAUGUGACUGUCUAAAUCAAAAGGGACCUUAUGGCGCACGGCACUUACGCCAUUAUUGCCGUUGUUUUGUAUUCGAUCAACGGCAAUAAAGACUAAGUGCAUAAUUUGAACGGCCGCAUACUUGCCUAAACUACGUAAUGGUAAAAAAAGGGGGAGAAAAAACAUUGAUUUUCCCCGCUUCUCCUAUAUUUUUUAUAAGUGUUUCUCUUUAAUUUAUGAGCGAAAUAGAAGAUAUGCGAUGCCUAUAGUUUUCUCUGUCUACUACGUCACAUAGCUAUAGCAUAGUGUUGUUCCAAACCUUCAAGUAUACUCGUUUGUUUUAAAGCGACUUCUAUAGACUAGAGCAAUCAUGAAGCUGUAGGUAGAUAAUUCUGGAGCAAUGGAAUAGGGAGUAUUAAUGUAUAUUUAUCCCGCCAGAGUGCAACGCUGUAUUCAAUAAUUAUAAUAAAGGUGUUGUGUUUUUCAAUGAACUUGAAUCAUUUAGCAAAUUCGUCUACACUUUGUGUUCUGAAGCCUAUUCAAUAAUCCACUAAAUCCUUCUUUUAAACUCGCACCACGAUUGUGAGGAAGGUAUUUUAGUCGUAAAUCUUCAAAAACAUUGAAAAUUGGCGCUUUUUGCCUCCAUUACAAAUGUUUGUUAACUCUAGUUGACCAGUAGUGCCAUCUGCGCCGAGCUUUGCGUAAUAUGCCCUACUACUAACAACUUUGUGAAGCAAAGAACAUAUAUUGAUAUCUCUUUCGACGUUUAUUUGAUCUUGUCUUGGUAAUCACCUGUAUUAGAUCUCCCUCACAGACCAUGUAAAUGUAAAUGUUUGCCUAAUAUUAUGUUAAAUAUAAUGUUAGUCAAUGUCAUCGACAAAAACUGUCAACGUCAUGACAUGACAGAGGCAUGUCUGAUACUGUCAUUCAUUGCUAUUCUGGCUACCUAUUCUGUUAUUUGUGUUGGUUAAAAGAAAUUAAGAACAAAACACGUAAUUAAUUGUUAAUUGCCUUUAAAGUAUUGAUCGUCUAGAAAAUAAUGUCUCAAGUAAAAUCAAACAAAAAGUUCAAGUGGGCCCUAGACUUUAACCCGAA